CUCUAAGAAUUUAUUAAUGUUUAUUUUUUCUAGGCUUUUGGAUGUACAGACGGCCAUGGUGGUCGAAUUUGCAAAGAAAUUUGAAAAAUAUGAAGAGGAGCUUGAAAUCGUGGAGAGAGAAAAGGUUGGUAAAAUAUAGAAUGGAGCGAUGAGUGAAGAGAAGGGAGCAAAUCAGUCUCAAGCAAAAUAACGCGAUUUGAUAUUGGUCAUGUUCGUUUUGCUGAGAAUGAACGUAUUACAAUUAUUUGGGGCAUAAAUGGCUAUAUACGAAAGCACAAUACAUAAUUUACUUCUCAUAUAUAUUUUCUAAUAAUAUAAAAAAUAUUUUCUAUAGGCUCAUAAUAUAUAUACUAAUAUAAUAUAUUUUCUAGGCCCAUCCAUUGAUUCAACAAACUAAGAAUGUUCUGAACCUACCUCAGCUACCAGAUGAUUUCUUUAUUGGAGAUGAGG